AUGCAAUCACAACAGAAGAAGGAACAGCAACAGCAGCAACGACAGAGACAACCAGAGUUGUUCAGGGAUGGUGUAAAAGUCAUUGGUGAUGGUGCUAUUGCUGCACUUAGAUCAUCUGUGUUGGCAACAGCAUCUGUUCAUUCUCUGUUGCGAUCAUCUCUUGGUCCUCGUAUUAAGCAACAGCCUCAACAGUUACUGCCGCCCCAGUCCUCCCCACAGACACAUACACAAAAGUGUAUUUUAACAAAUGAUGGAGCAUCAAUAUUGAAGAAUAUACAAGUGGCUCAUCCUGCCGCUUCAUUACUAGUCGAUGUAGCACUAUCACAAGAUAGGGAUGUUGGUGAUGGUACUACAUCUGUUGUGUUGCUAUCAUGUGCAUUGUUAUCUAAUUUAGCGAUAUUGAUUGGUAACAACCCAUCUAUACAUUUAACUACAUUGGCAUCUAUGUUGUAUGAAGUUGGUCAACUUUGUUUGACAAUAUUGGAUUCGAUAGCCAUACCCUAUGUGGCUGCGGACGACCAAGUCCUAUGUAAGAUAGCCGGUGUAUCAUUGGGCACCAAGCACUACUCAUAUUGGACAAAGAGUUUGAUCAAUAUUGCAAUGGCAGCAGUCAGGAACUCAACAUCCACUGUUACCGUGGACCUACAAUAUCAACAUGGACACCAAGUCAUGGUCGACGUUCACAGUCAUAUAUCCAUUGUCAAGCUACAGGCCACAACUGAUAGCACGCAAGCCAUUGAACAGAGCGAGUACCUCAAGGGCAUUGUUGUAAUUACAAGCAAUCAACCUCAUAUUCCUCAAUCCGGACAGGCCUCAACGGCACCAAUAUCAUGCUGCAUCGUCUCUAUUGAUCUUAUGUCCAACAACUCAUCAAAGUCGUCCAGGUCAAGGUCAACACUGACACUUACAAGUGAGGCGGACAUUGAACGAUAUGAUGCCCGCAAGGAUAACAUGGUUAGACAACUCUUUCAAAAGAUACAACAUUUGGGUGUCAACUUGGUAUUCUUUAGCAAGCCCAUUCCAGAUUACCUCCAACAACUAUUAAUAAUGUCCAACAUUGGAUUCAUUCACAACCUGGACACCAAAGACAUUGAUAGGAUAUCCACAAUCACCAACUCAAUGGUGUUCCAAAGUAUUGAAGAAAUGGACAAGUCAUUGCAAGGAAGUGUCCAAUCAAUAUCCUUGCUAGCAAGACAUGAGCCAUCAUAUUAUGUACAUUUGAGAGGACCAUCUUUGGAUAUUGUUGACGAUUUGGAGAUUGGAAUGAUCGAUGCUUUGUUCUUGCUAAAGUCAUCGGUGGAAGCUCCACCACGGGUUGUGUAUGGAGGUGGAGCUUGUGAGAUGGCCCUGUCAACACGGCUCACAAGACAUGCCACGUCCAACAACCUUGUUGGUUGGAAGCGUGAUGUUUGUCUCGCACUUGCCGAGACACUCACAUCCAUACCCUCGAUACUUGUUGCCAACUGUCAAGGACUGGAUCCACUCGAGGUCAUUGCUCAGCUCACAUUCCUACAUUCAGCCAACGACUAUGCUGUCGAGUCUACCAAAUGGGGCGUGAAUGGAUGGACUGGAAAGCCCGCUGACAUGGAGCUCAUGGGCAUAGUUGAGCCAGUAGUUCUCAAGAGGUCGAUCAUCAACACUGUCAUCGAGUCAUGCAUAACUUUACUGCGAAUAGAUACGAUUGUAGCAUCGUAG